AUGGCCAUGGCUGAGUGGCCACGGCCCGGGUGGGCCUCAUAUCACAACCCCCACACCAACAACUGCCAGGACCUAGGCAACUCCAUCCUGUUGCUGUUGGGGCUCAUCAUCUGCAUUAACAUUGGCAUCAACAUGGUGACCCUGCUCUGGCGCAGACUCCGUUACUUCUUACGCCAAAUGUUCCAUAUUAUUUGUGUGAAAGAAGCUCCUAAGUCAUCCUCAUCUGGGAAACAGACCACCAAUCAUUCCUUGAGGAAGCAAAGCCCCCCUGCAGUCCGCCUUCGAUGCACCAUGGACCCUGUGAAAAUGACCUUGACCCCCCCCGCCACUCGCUGCCCUCGCCAUCGAGACGCUCCGAUGCACCAUGCCUACCGCCCAGCCUACUGGACCCCCGACACUGACUACAAGAAGCCCCUGCCUCAGCACCCAGCAAUCUGCUCCCACAACUGGGAUUGCCCUGAGGACUGGGAAGGCUUCCAACCCACUCAGGAAAUCUGGAAUCCCUGGGCCCAGGCCACCAUUGAGCCACCUGCCCAGACCAUCCGCUUCCAGGAGACUGCAGACAGAAGGCCCCUCAAAACAGAGGUCCGGUCAGAGGUGGGCCUAGAGGCCUACGUGUACCCUGUGAACCCUCCACCUCCCAGCCCUGAGGCCCUGAGCCACAAGAACAGUGGGGUGGAGGCAGAGGCCACUCCCUGCUCACCUGCCCCACCGCCUGUCCUGGGCCCAGCAGCAGUCCCCGACAUCCCCCGGCGCCGCUCCUCAGGCCGCAUGGCCUAUGAUGCCCGUGAUGUGAGGCGGCGGCUGCGGGAGCUGACGCGGGAGGUGGAGGCCCUGUCCCACUGUUACCCCCUGCCCUCUGGGUCCAGUACUGCUGAAGGGACAGGCCAGGCCUGGGUCUACCGUUCCCUGGCGGGCAGGUAA